AUGUUGUUCCUAGAAACCCUCUUCGUCGCCGCAUCUGCCCUCCCGCUCAUGGCGGCCGGGGAGACGGGGUGCUGGCGCAACGGCAGAGAGUGCUACUGGUGGGGAGCGGCGACGGAGUGCGGCGACACGGCCUUCUUCCUCGGCGACCUCGACAAGGGGCUUUAUCGACUCGUCACCUGGACGCGAGACGCGACCAUUGACGAGCUGUGCGCGAACCAGGGCUCGUCUCUAAACCCGGGGCCGAACUGCUGCGAUGCGCGCAACGACUCUGCCUUGCUUCGCGUACCCAGCGCAACAACCAAAAACCUUCGCCGGAACAACGCCGAACGCCAGGCAUGUCUUUCGUGGGCGUGGUCGCCGUACGAUAGAGAAGCAGCCUCCCGCGCUGAGACGGACGACGUAGCCACGCUCACGAUGCCGGUCGACGACACCGUCUACGGCUUCCCGCCCGAGGCCUUUGAUGAGUCUUUCCUGCCCGAUGUCCACCGCCAGUUCAUCGACCCCGAGGACCUGCACGCCUUCGAGAGGGCGCUGCAGGCUCCCGACCCGCUGCAGAGCCCCCCGGCCGACGAUGCGAGCAUCAGAUCGCCCAAGAGCCCGACUGGGUCCGUCAGCAUCACCAAGAGGGACUCGCAGACGGCAAUGUCCAUGGAGGAGGACCUCUCUGCCAUCGCGGCGGCGGCGGCGGCUGCCGGAGGGGACCUGCCUCCCCCAGACACCCCGGCGCAGGGGCACGGCACCUUCAUCACCGCGCAAAACGACUGGGCGCCCGUAAACUCGAGGAUAUACCGCAACAGGAGGAACGGCGCCAAAAAGGGCCGUCGGAAGAAGACGACGAGUGCUGUCGAGGGCCUGCUGGGCACGCGCACCAAGGACGAGACGAGGGAGGGCUACCUCUAUCAGCUCUCCAAGUGGCCGCUGCUCUUCUUCGUCCUGGCCUGGCUCCUGUGGCUGAGCGUCGCGUACCUCUCCACGAGGUGGUACAUUUGGGUCUACGAACACUUCUUCACCUGGCGCGGCCGACGAGAGACGCUGCGGAGGAACCUGCGCCGCACGACAAACUACAAGGACUGGGUGGCCGAGGCCAGGCAGCUCGACUCGUACCUCGGGCGCCAGGCCUGGAGAGAGGAAAAUGACUUUGCCUACUACGACUCCAAAACCGUCAAGCGGGUGUGGGAGCAGAUGCGCAAGGUGAGGCUGCGAGCCGAGGCCCAAGAAGGCUCCGGCCCGGCCAACGGCGACAAGGCCAAGGCGGUCGAGGACUUGAAGGCGCUCAUCGAGGCCUGCGUCAAGAAUAACUUUGUCGGCGUGGAGAACUCGAGACUGUACAGCCAGACGUACUACGGCACCAAGAACCUGGUCCAAAACUUUAUCGACGAAGUCGAGAGCAGCAUCAAGUUCUUGCUCCGGACGAAAUCGCUCGAGACCGAGGAGAAGCGCCUUUUGUUCAAGCACGUGUAUGCCAACUACGGGCGGACAGCGCUGUGCUUGUCUGGAGGGGCCGCGUUCGCCUACUACCACAUCGGCGUCGUACGCGCGCUGGUGGACGCCGACUUGCUCCCUGACGUUAUCACGGGCACGAGCGGCGGCGCCCUCAUCGCGGCGCUCGUGGCCACGCGGACCAACGACGAGCUGAAGAAGCUCCUGAUCCCGGCGCUGGCGCACCGCAUCGACGCGUGCAGCGAGCCCAUAUCCGUCUGGUUCCCGCGCUGGUGGAAGUCGGGCGCGCGCUUCGACUCUGUGGACUGGGCAAGGCGGGGCGGGUGGUGGACGAGGGGCUCCAUGACGUUCCGCGAGGCGUACGAGAGGACGGGCCGCAUCCUCAACGUCACAUGCGUGCCGGCCGACCCUCACUCGCCGACCAUCCUGUGCAACUACUUGACGAGCCCCGACUGCGUCAUCUGGUCGGCGGUGCUGGCCUCAGCUGCGGUGCCGGGCAUCCUGAACCCCGUGGUGCUCAUGAUGAAGCAGCGGGACGGGACGCUGGCGCCGUACUCGUUUGGACACAAGUGGAAGGACGGCAGCCUGCGGACGGACAUUCCCAUCAAGGCGCUCAACACGCACUUCAACGUCAACUUCACCAUUGUGAGCCAGGUGAACCCGCACAUCAACCUCUUCUUCUUCUCGUCGCGGGGCUCGGUCGGGCACCCGGUGACGCACCGCAAGGGCCGGGGGUGGCGCGGCGGGUACCUCAUGUCGGCGACGGAGCACUACCUCAAGCUGGACAUGAACAAGUGGCUGAAGUUCAUCCGGCACGCGGAGCUGCUGCCGCGGCCGCUGGGCCAGGACUGGAGCCAGCUGUGGCUGCAGGAGUUCAGCGGGACCAUCACCAUCUGGCCCAAGUCGAUCCCGUCCGACUUCUGGCACAUCCUGUCGGACCCGGACCCGGAGCGGCUGGCGCGGAUGAUCCACGAGGGGCAGCAGAGCGCGUUCCCGAAGCUCAAGUUCAUCGCGAACCGGCUCAAGGUGGAGCGGCUGGUGGAGCAGGGGCGGCGCGAGACGAGGCCGUGGGUGCGGCGCGGCAGCAUCCAGACGCUCAUGAGCGAGGAGGACCUGCGGAGCCUGCUGGUGAGGGAGAUGGUGGGGAGCGGCACGACGGAGGAGGAGGACAACACGGAGGGGGACGACGAGGGGCUGACGGGGACGCCGCUGGAGGAGAUGGACGAUCCCGUGUACGGGGGAGGAGGGGGACAUGAGAAGCGCGACUGA